AUGGUGCAUUUCAGUCUAGCUAUACCAGCAACUUUGACUGAGCACUCUUUGAACUUUAUCGCAAACUUUUCUGAUCAGCCUCAACCAUUUACUGUGAAAGUGCACGACUCGUUCCUCCUUGAGACGAAGGCAAAGGCGGCGUUAACACGUAUCACUUCUCAAGUCGAUGGCAUGGCAUUUGCGGAUGGCGUUCCUGCGAACAAUGUCAGUGAUUGGGCUCGCCACUGGUCGACAGUGUAUGAUUGGCGCAAAGUUGAGCAUGAGCUGAAUAGCAAAUUCCGCCACUUCACCACCACUGUCCAAGCCGGUGACAACUACACGUACCCUGUGCCUUUGCAUUUUAUCCAUCAUCGAUCCCCACGGCAUGAUGCUAUUCCCCUACUGUUUCUCCAUGGGUGGCCAGGAACAUUUCACGAGGUUGGAAAUAUUGUGGAUUUGCUGACGAAUCCACCGAACACGUCUCUCCCGGCGUUCCAUGUUGUCGCUCCCGAUCUGCCAGGCUUUGGAUUUUCUCCAGCACCUACGCAUGCUGGGUUGGGAUUGCGGGAGAUGGGUCAGAGCUUCAACAGCCUGAUGAUGCAACUGAAUUACAGUCGGUACGUUGGUCAGGGAGGCGAUAUCGGCAGCCAUAUCUUACGACUUAUGGCGGCCGACUUCCCAGUAUCUUUGGUUUCGAUGCUAUCCAAUCUCUUCAGUGUCUCCCCGAAUGCCACUGAUCUUGAGCGAUACGCUAAACAUGAGACAUCACCAGACGAGACCGCUCAGAUCAGUCUCCUCAAUAAUCCGGAUUUCUCUUGGACUAAAGCAUAUUGGGAUAUUGAAGCUUCCGCUCCGCUCCAAGUGUCUAUCAGUCUCACAGAUAGCCCUGUUGGGUGGAUGGCUUGGCAGUACAUGGGCAUGAGAAUGCUCAGCCCGGGGUAUGACUGGGGAGUUGACGAGCUUAUCACUUGGUCUAUGCUGAACUACAUCCAAGGUCCCUAUGGGGGUAUAAGGUCUUACAAGGAAGCAAAGCGGGAAGGUGUCCUUGACGGCAACUUCCCAUACGUCGCUCAACCAGUAGGAGUUGUCCAGUAUUUUGGCGACGCCGCCUACUACACGCCUUUAGAAUGGACUCAGCGGCAAGGAAAUGUUUCAUUUUACAGCAGAAAGGCCCCUCAAGUUAUCGGUGGUCACUUUCCAGCAUACAUCAACCCUCGUGCUCUUGCUGAGGACUGUUGGGCCUUCUGGGGGAACGAGUCUCGAUCUGGAUCCGGUAUAUUUCGUAUGGAGUAA